CACAACUUUUUCUAUUUUUAGAAGAAUAAAAUCAAUCCCGCGGGAUCCCGGGAUCCCGCGGGACUAUUUCCUUGCAAUCCCUAAAUCCCACAGGACUGAAAUUGGCGCGGGAUUGGAAAUCCUAGUCACAUAUCAUGGUAGUGAAGAAAUUGACGGGUCUUCGCACAACUUUCCUCUCCUUCCAAAGAGAAAUAUUCUUCCUACUGGAAAACUCGCAUUUGCCAGUUUUUUUACUGAUAAAAGAGCUACAAGAAUCCCCCGUCAUGUUACAAAAUUCUCUUUCUUCUUUCAACAGGUAAAGGCAACAUGGGUGAGGAUCCGGGCAGCAAGCCCCGAAAGGCCAUCUUCUCCUUCAUCACCCCAUCCACUACAGUUCGGGCUUCCUACUCGGUACAGAAACGAACCCUCACCAAAGCCCUGCAGAGGCAUCGCUGGUUCGACGAAGGGGAUCUCCUUGACACUAUGGAGAAAGGAGUUAUGUAUCCAAUCAUUCAUUACGCUGAAAUUUGUCCAAAUGGCAAUAAACCUCCGAUGUCAUUGCAAGAUCCAAUGGCUUUGGGACAAGAAUUUACACUACAGCAAGGUUUAUAUGCUGAAAUAAAAUUCUCCAAUCCUGGCAUUGUCCAAAAGAUUUCAUCUGCUCCCAAAGAUGAACUUUUAACCCACAAAGCUUGUAUUUUCAUGGGCUUCAAGAAACUUGAUAGUCAUUUCAGCGAAGUUCUUGAAGACAGCUGGAAAGACUGGACUGGUGCAAGACUCAUAUACAUGAAUCUUUCUGACGAGUUUGGACUGUCUCGGCUGUCCUUCUAUAGGAGGUUAGCCCCCAAAGACGCUGACAUGUUCAUGUACAUCAUGAUGGUCGAAUGCGAUUCCGUCAACUCUAAAAAUCAAAUUCGACUCCUGGACUUUGUACAGAGACUGAGAGUGGAACGCAUGAUGGGGUACUUGUCGGUUUACAAAGUCGAGCAGCUUGUUCCAUCGACAGCCAACGUCAUCAACGGUCUCUUGACUGAGGCCGUGGAUAGCGCGGGAAAAGUGAACAUAUGACAGUUGGAACAAGUUCUUGGACUCAUAACGGAUUCGGCAGCAAAGAUGGAUGACAAGCCACUUGCUGUUAAGAUGAGAAAUUCGAGUGGAUAGUUCUGAUGUCCACGCUUGCAGUUAAGAUGGACACAAACUUUGCUCUUCUGUGAUUACAUUUUAAACUCUAAUACUACGAUUGUGUCCUAGUGAUUGCAAUACAGAAAUUGAAAGCGCUUCCGGACAUAUUAAUUUAUUAAAAUUGACCAAAGGUAAAAUAAUAGAAGGAACUUUUAUGAUUAUCUUUAAAGCAACUUCAUUGCACCUUCAAUGAACAUCUUCUUUCUUGCACUUCUGUCGAAGUUCAAAUUACUUUUUACAAUUGUUUCCAACAGGUAGAAAAAUAGUAUUUUAUAAUGCGGGUGAGUUUACCUUAUUGUGAUUAGAAAAGCAUUUUAAAAUCCGAAACAGGUGAUAUUAAUUCUCUAAAAUAUUUUUCGAAAAUAAAUUAAAAUAAACCUACAUAACUUAUAUACAAUCCUUAAAAAAUGUGCCACAUAAUUUUACACUUCAUUCCCAAUAUUUCAAAAGCGUAGCAAUUUUAAGGUACUAUA